CUCUGGCAUUGUCUCUUUCUCUAUUUCUCACUUUGCCUUUCUUCCUUUUUUUUCUCUUUUGCUGACUCUCCAUCUGUCCCUGUCUCAGUCUUUCUCUGCCUCCAUAUUUGUCUCUCUCCUCUGUCUCCAUCUGUCUCUCUGCCUGCCUUUGAAUGUCUUUCUGUCUCCCUGUCUUUCUCUCACUCUUGCUGUCUGUUCUUCCCUACCUCUUUCCAUUUGCUUUCUGUGACACUCUCCUGGAAAUGCAUCAAAGACUGAAGUGGCCGGAUUUCAAGUGACAAACAGCACUACACCCAGAAUCCACCCCCCUCCCUGCACUCUGCCUUCCUCCUCCACAUCCCCUGUCACGAAGAGAAGCCUAUUGUGUUGGGCCCAGGGAGUUGAGUUGAAGGGCCCGGGGGCCUGUGCCUCUGACUGCUCUGAGCUACUUCCCCAUUGGCUCUGAGCAGCCUGUGCUCAGCAAGGGCUGAGCGACAGGAGGAGGCUCUAGUCCAUAAAAGGGGGGCUGAGGCUCCAGAACUGCUAUUCUAAAGGGGCUUCAGCGACAGACACACACAGCUUUCUCUUUGGCAUCUGCUUCCCAGCUGGAGUCAGGGAGGCUGCUGAGUCUGGGACCAGCUGUCAAUCACCAUCCUCUGACCUGCUCCAUUAGAAGCUGCCCAGGGACAAAGGAAAGCCCAGGUCAUUUACCUUCAGGCUUUGAGAUCUGCGUGGGGGAGCUGUUAUAGCAGCCCAAGCUGCAGGAGAGCUGAUACGGAAUGGUGUGGCAGGUGCUGGUGCUGGCUGCUUGCCUUUUGGCAUUCCCCUGCACCACAGCAGGCUGCCUGCCUCAGUGCUCCAUGUGUGCAGUGAAGACCAAGGAUGGACCCAAGCCCAUUAACCCCCUGAUUUGCUCCUUGGAGUGCCAGGCAGCCCUGCUUCCCACUGAGGAGUGGGCGAGGUGCCAAGACCUUCUGUCUUUUCUUGCUCCUUUCACCACUGAGUUGGAUGACAAGGAAGACUCGGAAAACAAGGCAGUUUUGGACGAGCCCUACAGGGAGCUAGCCAGGAGCGCUGGGCCCUUCCUGAAGGAGCUGCAGAAAAGCGGAUUCUUCCUCAGUACCCCAACAAAGGAGAAUACUCUGGGCAGGACCCUGGCAGAGAGGCUCAGGGGUCUUUCUGGCAGGUUGGGGAAGGAAGCAGAGUCUGAGCUGUUGGGCGAGAGCCAGUCAGAUGAUGGCACCAUGGAGGCUAGAGCACUGGAUUCUGAUGAGGAAGACCCUAAGGGCCAGGUCAAACGUUACGGGGGCUUCUUGCGCAAAUAUCCUAAGAGGAGCUCAGAGGUGGUUGGGGAGGGAGAUGGGGAUGGGGACAGGGCAGGCCAUGAGGACCUGUACAAACGCUAUGGGGGCUUCUUAAGGCGCAUUCGUCCCAAGCUCAAAUGGGACAACCAGAAACGUUAUGGUGGUUUUCUCAGGCGCCAGUUCAAGGUGGUAACUCGGUCUCAGGAAGACCCUGAUGCUUACUAUGGGGAACCUUUUGAUGUGUAAACAAGCAAUCACCACCAGGGAGUAGAGUCAACCCCCCAAAAAAAACCCCACCCCAUACAGAUUGGUGUGUGCUCACCCACUGUCCUCUGUGUCCACGCUCCGCUCAGCAUUAUCUUCAAAGCUUCCACACUCAGCCUGCCUGCCUCCUGCUCUCCUGUUUGUGUAUGGACAGAGAGGGGGACAAGAUGGAGGGUCACCUCCCCAACCGGUUGCUUGGCUCACACCCACGACCUCUACAGAUACCUCUCCUGGCUGCUUUUGAUAUCAGUUCUUUCCCCCAAACCCACUCAUGUGAAUCCCAGUUCUAGGAAUCCAAACUGUCUUGUGCUUUGUUUCUCUAGAUCUGUGAUUUCCAAAAUUUUGUAGCUUACAUGUCCCUUUUAGAAGAGAAAUGAGCAGAUAAAUUCAUUUAGGUGGUAUAUACAUGCAUCAUGAAAUAUACAAAAGAUAUAAACUUAAAAGAAGAUAAACACAGAAAUCUUAAUAUUUUGUUCCCAAACCUCAAAGGGUCUUUCUGUGCACACUGCUUUAGAGAAUACACUUCAAAUGCUGGUUUUUAUUGGAGUGGGAAUUCCUACAGUAGAGAGUUCAGUUUAGUUUUCCAAGGAUCAGUCAGUGUGCUCUGAGUUUCCUCUGUUUAGAAACAUGCCUUUUGAAGAGUUGACUUCCUGGACUCCAUUUUAUGUUGAUACCCUGGACAGCUCCUACAUUUUCAUGAGAAAGGAAGUGAAAAUUUAUCACCUAAAGGGUUAGUGAGAGCUGUUGCAGUUCUCUUUCUGAAUGCUGAAUUAAUUAAUAAAUGAUCAAGGAGGGAGCGAGGCAAACCAAUUUGUUCUGUGCAACAGACUCAAAUGUGGACCAGUUCCCUCAGCUCUCAUUAAACUAAUUAAACUGAUGGGUAUCACACUCGUACCCCAGGAUGAACUGUUGCUGAGUCAAGUUGAUGAGGUUAAGUACAGCCAUGUUCUUGAGCAGCUGAGCCGACUGCCAAGAGUCCAUACCAUCUGGACAAGCAUAUGUAUUGAGCAUUGGGUAAGGGAGUCCAGAAGCAACAGCUAGACCGAGACCCGCUGCCUCUCCCCUGAUGAUCCUUUCCUCUUAAUGUCUCAAAGUAAAUCCAGACAGAGGAAUGAAAUGAUUAAGUACUUGAGACUAAGUGAGUUCCCUUGAUUCAAAUAAACCAGAAUCAGGGGUAAGAACCUCCCAUUCCUGGGUUUUAGUCAACCCUAUCUCUCCCCACCUCUCAGUAGUCACUGAGGUUUGGCUUGUGGGUCUAGGAGACUGGACUGUAAAGGAGAGAAAAUGGACUUGGAUUUGGUCAACUUGGUAAACUGUUACCGACCUCAUGUUUUUAUGUUCCUCCCUAAGUCUGUCAGGGUACUCUGAAAUGUGUAGGUCGUCUCAUGGAUAUACCCUGUGUUACAAAAAAAAUUUUUUUUAAUUUGCUUCAUCCUUAAUAGUUGUGUUAUUUCCUGCUUCUCCAGUACAAUGAAUAAAAGAAAUAUGAUGAUAA